AGCAUAUUACCUUUGCCAAAUAGAUAUCCAUAUUGAAACUAACAAUAUAUUUAAGACGGCUUCGAUUUUUCAACACCCUAUAUCAGUGGCAGACAAAAAGGCAGAGCUUUGUUGCUGUUGUUUUGUUUGAAAACGCAAGAUAUUUACCACGUCAUAUUACAGAUAGGACCAAACCAAUUUCGAAUCCAAACAAGGGUUGGCGCACUGGCUUACUUGCAUUAUAUAUUUUAAAAAGUUGCAAGUGUGCAGCCAUUAGCUUGGCUGAUACUAAACCCACUUUUAGCACUCCAGUUAAAGCAAACCUCACUGUAGGAGAAAAGCAAUGUCAAUCUUUUUCAAUACAGCAUCAUCAAAACUUAUUCAACCCAUCAUCACAUUUCAAGACAUUGCUGAGACACCAUAUUUUAUCAUUGGUCUGAUUCUCAUCGUGCUAUCUUUAACGACAACGCUCACACUAUCGGUGCGAUAUCUAACGCGUGCAUUUAUAGCCCAAAGAAGAUCUGCAUUGGGAUGGUCAUUGCUUAUCGUCAACGUGACGUCAUUUGUUUCCACAUUUGCCGAGACUCUUAAUACCUAUGUGACCAACUCUGUCGCCAUGACAACUAUUCGAAUUUGGUGCUGGCUGAUCACAGCUAUGCAACUUAAUUUGUUGAGUAUCGAUAUUAUGCAAGUGUAUAGUUUAGUUUUAGGAUUGGAACCAUUGUAUGCUCGAAUUGGUAUAGUCAAAAUUGCUGCCUUUGGCAUACACAUUGCUAUUAAUGCGCUGUUGUACUCAUCAAGUCUAUUUGAUUUUAAUCCGGAUUUAAACAAGUUUUACACAAAAAUAAGCAAAGAGCAUAAUGUUUCCCAGUAAAUUUGGCACCAAUCAAACAUGAGACUAGCUAUUUACUAUAUAUUCCAACUCCACUAGCUAAUGCUUUACUUUACAUAAAUUGUAAUGUACACUUUAUGUAAAACUAACCAAGUACACAAAACCCAGUAUUUAAUCGUUGCCUUUAGUUGAUGAUUAAAACUUGGCUAAUAGGAUUAAAUUUGUUUUAAAUGCCAUCAAACUGCAAAAUAAAUCAACGCCAUGCCACGU